GACGCGCAUAUGAAAAUCAAAAUAAUAUGCUCUCUUAUUUUUUUUUUAUAUAUAUUCACUCUUGGUGCAUUCUUGUUCAUAAAGAGAUGCACUUUAUGUUAAUAGCUUUCCAUUGUCAUAUAUACAUUCACACACAAAUGGAUCACAUGGUCUCAACAACAUAUAAUGCUUCAAUUUUACUUUUUGUUUGUGCUACAUCAACACUUUUUGCUCUUAACACUUAUCUCAUUCACACACUAGAUAGAAUGGUAUUCAUUAAUAGGUACAUAAUCCAUUCUUAUCGAACGAGGUCAGCUUGGAUCACUUUCAUGCAAUUUUUUUUAAACCCGCUAGUGGCUUAUUAACCGACCCUCAAUUUUUUUUUCUCUCACUCUUUUUUUUCCCUUUUCUUUCUUCUUAACCUUUUAUACCAUGUCCGCAGUGCCCAAUCAUGCUGGAUCAUGGUCUACUUUACCAACUCCACUCAGUGAUGAAACUCUAGAACAACUCUCUCUAAUGGGCUUUGAUACCAUGACACCUGUACAAGCUGGUGCUAUCCCACUUUUUUUGAAGAACAAAGACGUCGUGGUCGAGGCAGUGACUGGUUCAGGCAAGACUUUAGCCUUUGUGAUCCCUAUCAUUGAAAAACUUUUAGGACGUGAAGAUCCUUUGAAGAAUCAUGAAAUUGGUGCCAUGAUUAUUACGCCCACUCGUGAACUUGCGCAACAAAUAUAUACAGUAUUUGACUCUUUUAUACAAAAUCACUCUCGAUCGGAACAACUCAAGUUAGGAUUAUAUAUUGGCGGCACAACUACACUUCAACAAGAUAUGGUACAAUUUAACAAAACUAAACCACGAAUUCUUAUUGGUACACCUGGACGAUUAGAAGAAAUGUUGAUGAAAUCCAACAAGUUGAUUAAUACAAAGGAACUCGAAGUAUUGGUAAUGGAUGAAGCAGAUAGGUUAUUGGAUAUGGGAUUUUCACAACAACUCAAUCACAUCAUUGCACAAUUACCAAAACAACGAAGAACUGGUUUAUUCUCUGCUACAAUGACUGAUGCUAUUUCGAAUCUGGUCAAAGCUGGUCUACGUAAUCCGGUUCGUGUGGUGGUCAAGGUCGAAGAUUUGGAAAAUAAAGGAAAUACACAACGCACGCCCGCUUCUUUAGAGAUUGACUAUAUUGUAUGUGAUCCUGAACAAAAAUGGACUCAAGUAAUACGACUUUUGGAACAUGAAUUACAACAACUCGAAGGUGCAAGAAAGUUUAUCGUCUAUGUGGCGACAUGUGCUUGUGUGGAUUAUUUUUUUAAGCUCCUAAAGAAGCAGGCCUCUUUAUCUGGUUAUGAUAUUCACUCUUUACAUGGUCAAAUGGAAACCAAGCGUCGAUCAGCAACUUAUACUAGUUUCACGCAACUCCCACCUGCUGUUCCUGCCAUCUUGCUCUGUACCGAUGUUGCUUCUCGUGGUUUGGAUAUUCCUGAUGUAGAUUAUGUAAUCCAAGUUGACCCUCCUCAAGAUCCAAAAGCUUUUGCUCAUCGUUGUGGUCGUGCUGCUCGUGCUGGACGAAAAGGGAAAGCAACUGUAUUACUGGUGCGUGGUCGUGAAGAAGCCUAUGUUGAAUUCUUGAAACUUAGGAAGAUCCCUAUUUCCCGUGCCAAUUAUCUUUUACCGAAUGGUGUGACCAAGGACAAUUCUUUCAUACCCGACAAUGAUGAUGAAACAGAAAAAGAUGUCACCAGUUUACAAGUAGUAGAUCCUUCUGUGGAUCAAUUGAUUCAUGAUUUUAGGCAAGUGGUCAAGACAGAUAGGGAUAUGUAUGAUCGUGGUAUCAAGGCUUUUGUAUCAUGGGCUCGUGCUUACUCUAAACAUGAAGCAAGUUAUAUCUUUAGAAUCAAAGAUCUGGAUUUAGGUCGUGUGGCUACUGGUUAUGGAUUACUCAAACUUCCAAAAAUGCCAGAACUCAAAAAUGCGAAACAAGUGACGUUUGAAGAAGUGGAUAUGGAUUGGAACGCUUAUUCUUAUACUGACAAGAACAAGGAACUGAAACGAAAAAGGGAACUAGAAGAAGCUGCUUUGAAACCAAAGAAACCUACUCCAGAUACACGCAGACCAAAAAAGACAACGGCAUGGUCUAAUAAAAUAGAAGCCAAGGAUAGAAAGGCGGAUCGACGACUGAAGAAGGAUAGGAAAAAGGAUUAUUUGAAACGAAAACAAGAUAGUCAACAAGACACCAUGGAUGAUAAUGAUGACGAUCUCGAUGACAAUGAUUGGGACGAUUUGGCAAAAGAAGAACGAUUAGCGAAAAAGGUUCGAAAAGGAAAAAUCUCUCGACAAGAUUUUGAUGCUAUGAUGAAUGAUGAUGAUCUUGAUUUGUAGAAUAGCUUCCUUUUUUUUUUUUUGUUUACCGUUAUUAUUAUUUUUCCCUGCAUGUAUUCAUUUUUACAAUAUUAUGAAUGCUUCGUGUAUAUUAGUUUAUAUUUUCAUUGUCCAUUUAGAAUAGAUUUCUUUUCCCAUAUUAUUACAAUAAAUAUUCAACAAUUGGUUGUUA